AUGGCGCUAAAACGCAUCCAGAAGGAGCUGCUUGAAUUGACCCGGGACCCUCCGGCUCAGUGCUCAGCAGGGCCAGUGGCUGACGACCUUUUCCACUGGCAAGCUACCAUCAUGGGGCCAGAGGACAGCCCCUACCAGGGAGGCGUGUUCUUCCUGACGAUCCAGUUUCCUUCCGAUUAUCCGUUCAAGCCACCUAAGGUGGCAUUUACUACUCGAGUUUAUCACCCAAAUAUUAAUCGGAAUGGAACCAUUUGUCUGGAUAUACUUAAAUCGGAAUGGUCACCAGCCUUGACCAUUUCUAAAGUAUUACUUUCUAUCUGCUCAAUGCUAUGUGACCCCAACCCAGAUGAUCCUCUGGUUCCGGAAAUUGCUAAGGUCUACCAGAAGGACAGAAUGAAGUAUGAUCGCAUAGCUCGAGAGUGGACACAGAAGUACGCUAUGUAA